AUGGACCUGAGCAAUAAGGAAAAAAUCCAGACCGCUAACGCGCUCAAACGCGCCACUUCAAAUUUGGCAGUUUUUGACUCUAAUGGGAACGUUCUUAACGGUGUUUAUGUGUGGUCUGAUUUGGCUCCUGCUGUUAGGGAAAACCCUGAACUCAUGUUCGCGAAGUGUUUAGUUCAUCCAGGAUCAACUACAGAAAGGCUUGUUUGCACUCAAGUUGAACCACCCAAUGAUGAAAAAUUCGAAGUCCCAUUAACAAAUGCUUGGAACACAAAUAGUCAAAUUGACCCGAUGACUUACGGUGACAUCGGGAUGUUACCUCAAACUUCAAUUCCUUGCGUUCUAGACUUUUUACGUCAUCGUUUUUAUAAGAACCAGAUUUACUCAACAGCUGACCCACUUAUGGUUUCCAUUAACCCUUUUAAAGAUUUGGGAAAUUCUGGACAGGACGUAAUUGAACGGUACAAAAGAGCCAAGAACCUGUUAGAUAUGCCUCCACAUGUAUAUUAUACUAGUCGGAGGGCACUGGAAAAUUUGCACGACUACAAAUAUUCCCAGACAAUUAUAGUUUCUGGCGAGUCUGGUGCUGGGAAAACGCAAUCCGCAAACAUGAUGAUGCGUUACUUUGCAUCUGGAAGCGGUUUUACUGGUGGGAGUCAUAUUCAGCAGGUUGUAAUGGCUUUUAAUCCGGUACUUGAGUCGUUCGGAAAUGCAAAAACGAUACGCAAUAAUAAUAGUAGCCGAUUUGGUCGUUUCAUGCAACUUGACGUGGCAGCUGAAGGAGGAAUUCGAUAUGGUUCAAUUGUUACCUUUUUGCUAGAAAAGUCCCGUAUCGUAACUCAGGAUGAUGAUGAACGUUCUUAUCACAUUUUCUACCAACUUCUAAAGGGUGCAAAUGAUCAAUUACGCUCAAAACUUAAACUUAAACGUAUUGGUGAAUAUGAAUACCUCAAUGAUAAAUGUACUGAGGUGAAUGGUGUUGAUGAUGCCAAGGAUUUUGGCCUAAUUUUAAACAGUUUUGAUCAAAUGAAGUUGACUGAGGAACAAAAGGAAACUGUCCUAAGUUUGUUGUCUGGUGUUUUAUUACUUGGAAAUGUCCAAAUUUCAGGCGAAGAACGUGAAGGUUUAACCGAUGCCUCUGUUAUUACUAAUGAAAGCCUUCUAAGGGAUUGUGCAGAACUGUUAUACCUCGACUAUGACCAAUUAAAAUAUGAUUUAACUAUGAAGAAGACUAUGGUGGGUGGUGGUGAGAUUGUAAGUCCGAGGAGGAAGGACGAAUCUGAGGUUUUGAAGAAGAGUUUGAGUAAGGCGGUUUACAAUAAGUUGUUUUUCUGGCUGGUUGCCACUGUAAAUAAGACAAUUGCACCUCCGGAACCUUUUAAAUACUUCAUUGGCCUCUUGGACAUUUUCGGCUUUGAAGUCUUCAAGAAUAACUCACUAGAACAGCUUUUUAUUAACAUUACCAAUGAAAUGUUACAGACUAAUUUCGUUAACAUCGUGUUUAAACGGGAGGCUCAACUUUAUGCUGAUGAGGGAAUUGCAUGUCCUAAUCUGGAAUAUGAAUCAAAUUCACUUGUAAUUGACGUUCUUUGUGGUAAAACAAAGUCCGUUUUGUCAAUUUUGGAGGAUCAAUGUCUCGCUCCCGGUGGUAAUGAUGCAAAUCUAACCUCGACUUGUAAUACUCAACUUUCAAAUAAUCCAAAAUAUGUCAAGUCCAGACAGGACAAAUAUUUCUUAAUUGUACAUACGAUUGGACCAAUACAAUACUGUUCCGAUGGUUUCGUAACUAAAAAUAAGGAUUUAUUAACUGGCGAACUUGUAAAACUGGUAAAUUCAUCAAAUAAUCCAUUGGUUUCCGAGUUAUUUAUGGGUGAUGAAGUGGUUAGUGGAAAGUUGGCAAAGGGAAUGUUAAUUGGUUCUCAGUUUAUGAACCAAUUGGACUCUUUGAUGACUUUGAUAAAUAGUACUGAUCCUCACUUUAUCAGAUGCAUUUCACCAAAUGACAAGAUGAUGCCCAUGACUUGGAACUCGGUCCGUGUAAUCUUACAAUUGCAUGCUUUGUCUGUAAUUGAGGCUUUACAACUUCGAAAAUUAGGGUUUUCGUAUCGACGAACUUUUGCUCAAUUCAACGACCAAUAUGCCUAUUUAAAUUUGGCUGUUGUUAAGGACUCUAGGCUCUCUGAUAAGGAUAAGGCUAUAAAAUUGGUAACUGAGUCUGGGCUCGGAACCUCAGAUUACGCUGUUGGAAAGACACGAAUGUUCUUGACUCGGAAAGCUGCUAAUCAUUUGACUUCAAUUGUGAGAGAAAGGCUUGCCAAGUGGGCUCCCUUGGCUGAUUUGUUGGAAGCUUUGUUGCGUCGGCUUCAGUACCAGCGUGAGCUAAAGAAGACUGUGAAAUCCAUUGUUCGUCUUCAGGCUCAUUUGAGAAGGGUUUUGAACGAGGGUGAGAGGCCAGCAAAGUUAGUUAAGGUGUAG